CUUUCGCCUAUUUUUGUCUUUUUGCACUUUUCUUCUUCUUCAAUCUCCCUACACAAGACACAGCGACAGCUACAUACAAAAACAGCAUGGCACCUGUAGAAGUUGCACUCGACCCGGUUUAUGCUGCGUUCUGUGAACAGGCAAAGCACAACCCAAAAUUUAGCGACGGAUCUAUACCUCUUCCCGCCUUUCGCGAGGCUGCUAACCAGCGCUUGAAAGGAGUCAAAAACUUGCCCGAGGUUAUCGAGGAAGAUAAGGUCGUCGUUCACAAUAGCAUUGAUGUCCGUUUGACUCUUUUCCGGCCACCAGGAACCGAGAAUGAAAUUCUCCCUGCUGUCGUAUUCUAUCACGGCGGCGGUUGGGUUUUCGGUAGCAAAUAUACUCAUGGCAAACUAGUUAAAGAUAUUUGUGUGAGGAACAAUGUAGCGGUUGUAUUCGUUGACUACCCACUCGCUCCAGAGUCCAAGUAUCCCGCAGCUCAUGAAAACGCAUUUGCAGCGCUCUCUUGGGUUGUUGAAAAUGGCGACUCCAUAAAUGUUGACGUAAGCCGUCUUGCUGUCUGCGGCGACUCAGCAGGAGGCAAUCUAUCUGCAGUCAUUCCAUUGAUGGCCAAAGAACGUGGUCUACCAAGCGCUAUCAAAGCUCAGAUAUUACUUUAUCCCGCGACAGCAGCUUCGCGCGACAAGUACGAAUCUGCAAAGCUUUUUGGCGGCGGCGACUACUAUUUGAAAAACGAAGACGCUAUAUUCUUUGAUAAGGCGUAUUGGAAUGACUGUGAGAAGACAAAGAUCGGAUUCCCAAUGUUGGCGACCACCGAGGAGCUUCAAGGACUCCCACCAGCUCUAAUUUUCACCGCAGAAGCAGACAUUUUGCGUGAUGAAGGUGAAGACUAUGCUCGUCGAUUGACCAAUGCUGGAGUACCUAAUGCCACUGUUCGGGUCAUUGGCGCAAUUCAUGGAUAUGCUACUGUUCCUGUUGAUACACCGGCGUAUAAACAAACCAUGGCCAUGAUUACCAAUCAACUGAGUGAAGCUUUUGAGAAAAAGUGAAGUACUAUUAUGCGAAUGUUUCUCUGAGCAAUGUAAUCGUCGGUGAUAUUGUGUAACAUAUUAUAAUAAAAUUUCCCAUGCAGCAGCAGCAUAACCUUUUAUGCAUUUUUACUGUUGAAUCGUUUGUUGUCCCAU